ACGCAAAAAUUUUGGUCUCUCUCUCUCUCUCUUUUAACUCAUCGCCUCUCAAAUUCUCAUAUUUCACCUUUCUCAUUGAAUCUUUAUACCUCAUUAUUGCUUCCUUCAGGAAUUUCCAUUACUUCCCGCCUCCCCCAUUUGAAUCUCUUCUCCACUUUCUUCUUCUUCUUCUAAUUCUCUCUUCAUUUCAUUUGGUACACUCAUUUCUUACCCAUUAAUUAGAUUCCCAUUUCUGGCUAUUCAUUUCAUUUCUUUGCUGUUCUCUUCCUUUUUUUCUAGAAACUUCGCCUCUUACAUACUUUGGUUACGAUGCAAGAUCAAGAUUCGUGUUCCACCCCAGGUCAAGGGGUGUCCAUUCCGGAAUUUACCUUGACUUCUCCUGAUCUAGUUAUCUGUGCUGGUUCUCCUGAUAUUCCAGUAGAUAACUACUGUGAUUCACCAGAAUUCUUGGAUAUCAAGGGUUGUAAACCUAUGGAAUCUUCCAUGGAGCUUUCCUUUGAAAAUAGUUUUUCUGGAAUUGAGGUUAAGUACAAUCAGAGGACCCCAUCUGUUCGAUUUUCCAAGUUGUGUGAAACCUAUGAACACGAACUUUCUCCAGAAUCUUCCUUCGAGUUGGCUCCUCCUCCUCCAGUUACUAGUUCUCUGCAAUCUGAAGAACUCCUUCAAGCUGUUAGUAUCAACUCGGGUUCCUCAAAUGAUGUUGUGACUUUUGAUGGGAUAAACUAUGUGGAAGACAAUUGGUACAAGGGUGGUGAUACCAUUAGGUCUGAUGAAAUUGAGCAUCCUCUAUACCAAACAGCUCGUUAUGGGAACUUUUGUUACAAUCUCUCAUCAUUGGAACCUGGGAAUUAUGUUGUUGACCUUCAUUUUGCUGAAAUUGUAUUUACCAAUGGUCCUUCUGGUAUGAGGGUGUUUGAUGUCUAUUUGCAAGACCAGAAGGUUGUUUCUGGCCUAGAUAUAUAUGCUCGUGUUGGUGGGAAUAAGCCUCUCAUUGUAUCCGACCUCAAAACUUCUGUAGAUGUAAAAGAUUUAACCAUUAGAUUUGAAGGACUGAUGGGUAGGCCAAUUGUUUGUGGUAUUUCUGUGAGGAAAGAUAUUACUUCAAAUAUCAAAGAAGUUGAACGGCUCGAAGGUGUGGGAUCUUCUCAACUAGAAAACUCAGAGACGUCCAGAGAUGGUAGCGAGUUGAUGGUAAAAGAGAAGAAGUACAUAGAGCUCCAAAAGGAUUUCGAGCUCAUGAAGAAUGAGCUAGCAGCUGCAAGGAAAGAUGUGGAGGAACUUAAAAAGGAAAACAAUCAAAAGGGUAGGGAAUGUCAAGAAGCUUGGAAGUCUCUAAAUGAGCUACAAAACGAGCUAAUGCGCAAGUCAAUGCAUGUUGGAUCUCUUGCUUUUGCCAUUGAGGGACAGGUGAAGGAGAAGAGCAGAUGGUUUUCUUCAUUGAGGGACCUUACCAGAAAAGUAAAGAUUAUGAAAAUGGAAAACAUCAAACUAUCGGAGGAGGCGCUUGUAUUCAAGAACUGCUUUGUGGAUAUGAAUGAAAUGACUUCUAAAAUUCAGACAGCGUUUAAACAACAGUUAGAUUUGCAAGAAAACUUGAAGACUAAAUUUGUUGAAGGAGCUAAGGAACGGAAAGAACUCUACAAUAAGAUGUUGGAGUUGAAAGGAAACAUCAGGGUCUUUUGUCGGUGUAGGCCCUUAAAUACAGAAGAGAUUGCAUCUGGAGCAUCAAUGGUUGUUGAUUUUGAGUCAGCUAAAGAUGGGGAAUUGAUUGUUAAAUCAAACGGGGCUCCCAGAAGGAUCUUUAAAUUUGAUGCUGUCUUUGGCCCUCAAGCGAAUCAAGGAGAUGUCUUUGAAGAUACUGCGCCAUUUGCAGCUUCAGUUCUAGAUGGGUAUAAUGUUUGUAUAUUUGCAUAUGGCCAAACUGGAACUGGAAAAACUUUUACAAUGGAGGGGACUGAAGGAGCUCGUGGAGUCAAUUAUAGGAUUCUUGAAGAGUUGUUUCGCUUAACGAAAGAGAGGCAGAAGUUACAUCGAUAUAAAGUAUCUGUUAGCGUAUUGGAAGUGUAUAAUGAGCAAAUACGGGACUUGCUAGUCUCGGGAUCUCAAUCGGGGAACAGUGCAAAAAGGCUCGAAGUUCGACAAAUUAGUGAAGGAAUACAUCAUGUUCCUGGUAUGGUUGAGGCCCCUGUCGACAACAUGAAUGAAGUUUGGGAAGUUCUACAAACUGGCAGUAAUGCAAGAGCUGUUGGUUCGACCAAUUGUAAUGAGCACAGCAGCCGAUCCCACUGCAUACAUUGUGUGAUGGUGAAGGGGGAGAAUUUGCUAAAUGGGGAAUGCACUAGCAGCAAAUUGUGGUUGGUGGACUUGGCAGGUAGCGAGCGAAUUGCCAAAGUAGAAGUACAGGUUGAACGACUCAAAGAAACACAAAAUAUUAAUAGAUCUCUUUCCGCACUUGGCGAUGUAAUAUCUGCUCUUGCAACAAAAAGCCCACAUGUUCCUUUCAGGAACUCCAAGCUCACUCACUUGCUUCAAGAUUCACUAGGGGGAGAUUCAAAGACACUCAUGUUCGUACAGAUCAGUCCCAACGAAAAUGACUUGAAUGAGACUCUUUGCUCAUUGAACUUUGCUAGCAGAGUAAGAGGAAUUGAGUUGGGACCUGCAAAGAGACAGCUUGAUAUGUCUGAAUUCCUUAAAUGCAAACAGAUGACUGAGAAAACAAAACAGGAUAUGAAGAGUAAAGAUCUACAGAUAAGAAAAAUGGAAGAAACAAUUCAUGGAUUAGACUUGAAGAUGAAGGAAAAAGAUCAGAAGAACAGAAGUCUUCAAGACAAGGUCAAAGAACUUGAAGCUCAACUUCUUGUUGAAAGAAAGUUAGCACGUCAGCAUGUUGACGCCAAAAUAGCAGAACAGCAAAUGAAAACCGAAUCAGAAGAUCAUAAGUCUGCACCAUUGAGGCCACAACUUGCAACUCGACCAUUAGUAGGUAGUCAAAAAAAUCUACAUGGACCAUUUAACAACAUACUUGGAAAGGAGCAAACAAAUCUCACUCAUCCACUAACUGAAAACAAUGGCUUCAAACCAUCAUUUCCCUUUCCUCCAGUGGAUGGUGCCACCAAGUACACUGAUUCCGCAGAGAAGGAGAACAAUCCAGAGAUGGUUGAACGAUGUUUUGUGCCACCGAAGAGAACAGGAAGAGCAUCUAUUUGCACAAUGGCCCGACGUGUACCGACGACCCUCGCUCCUAGGAGAAACUCCCUAAUCCCACUACCAAGCAUACCAAGCUCCGCUCAUCUCCCAUCACCCAUGUUGACAUUAGCCGCCGACAAGAUAGACGAAGUCAACGGAUCGGAUGAUAGUAACUGCUUCCCUGAACAGGUGCAGUGUGACAGUCCUAAAGAGAUAAAAUAUGGAGGCAAAAAGUUGAGCAACAUGUUGAGACGAAGCCUUCAGAAGAAGAUAAAAAUGAAGUCUCCAAUGCAACAACACAUGAGACGAGGCGGUAUCACUGUAGGGAUGGAGAAAGUCAGGGUCUCCAUUGGAAGUCGAGGAAGGAUGGCGGCGGCGCAUAGGGUGUUGUUAGGUAAUGGUAGGAGAGUAAAUAAAGAUGGUAUUCAAAGUAAGAAGGAAAAGGAAAGGGGUUGGAAUAUGGGAACAACAGUAGGGAGAACUGUUCUUUGAUAUCAGUAAAAAAAAAACAAUUGACUUUUAUUUUUAUUUUUAUUUUUUAUGUUUUGCAAUUAGAAGGAAUUGUAGAGAUUAUUGACUUUUCAUAUAGUACCCAUGUAUGUGUGUGAAUAUUCAUUUUGGGAUGAUGAUGAUGAUGAUGGUAUCAUCUCAUCCACUUGAUUUCUCAUGUAGUUUCAUUUGGAAAAGGAAGGAAUUCUUAUCUCUUAUAUUUGUUGGUA